AUGGGUCAAGUUCUCUCUACUGAAGGUACUACUCCUCACAAGGUCACAAUUCCCGGUCAGGGUACCCUAACCGGGUACACUUUUAGCUCGAGCAGAACUAACAAUGCAACGACUCACAGAUUCGCUAAGGUUCCUUACGCUCAACCUUUCACAAAGGAGACCAGGUUCAAAAAGCCAGUCCCAUUGGGAGAUGACUACGAUUACACAGGGGACUACAAAGAGUUUGGGUUGAAAUGUCCUCAGCCUAGUGUUCCAAAUCCAAUGUUUGGAUGGAAAAAGUCUCCUUCCGAUGAGAAUAUCAAUUACCUCAAUAUUUGGGUACCAGCAAGCGAUAAGUACAAAGGUAAAGACGGCUGGCCCGUGCUCGUUUACAUUCAUGGGGGCUGGCUUCAAUACUCCUCUCCAUCAAAUGAAUUCUUUAACACAAUUGAGAUGUUCGAUGACGAGGAAUUCGACCAAAAGUACAUCCUGGUCACUCCUGGUUACCGUUUGAAUAUGUUUGGUUUCCUUUCUGGUAAAGAACUUUUGGAAGAAGAUGAAUCGUCUUCUAACUUCGGUUUUUGGGAUCAAAGGUUAGCUAUCGAAUGGACUUACAAGUAUAUCAAGCAUUUUGGUGGUAAUCCAGAAAAGAUCUCAGUUGGUGGUAUUUCUGCCGGUGCAUAUUCUACGUUUUUCCAGCUUGCCUAUGAACUUUAUCACCCUGAAGAUACCCAAAUCAUCAAGCAAGUGCUAUUCUUCUCGAACUUGGUGUAUGUUCAACCAAAACGUAUUGACGAAUGUCAGGGGCAAUUCGAUGAAAUUAUGGACAAAUUGGGCUUGGAUUCCAAUACUCCAAACGAAGUGAAGCUUGCUACCCUUCGUGAACUUGAUCCAGAAUUCAUUGAAGACUUCAUUCCAACCCUAAAAAACCACACUUUCAGAGCUGUUACUGAUGGCAAGUUCAUUUCUUCCACUUUGAUUCAGGAUUUAGAUUCUGGAGAGUAUACAAGGAGACUUUUGACCAUUAAGGGCAAUGAUUUCAGGAUUCUUUGUGGUGAAGUAAACAACGAACCAUUUAUUUAUUCUUUACUAAAUACCCCACAAACUUUGGAUGAUCUGCCAGUUCAACUGGGCAACUACUAUCCAAAGAAUGUUGUUGACUCGUUGCUUGAUUUGUAUAAGGUGGAGAAACUGAACCCAGAGAGCCCCACUUUCAAAGAAGAUUUAAGAGUUGCAUACGGUGACAUAAUCGGUGAUGGUCAAGUGUAUGCAUCCAGUAGAGGAUAUCUAGCCAAACUUGUCGAGCACGGCUUCCCUGCUCAAAACGUUUUCCGAUACAGAGUAUCUUACAGGGCCAAGUGGCUAGAUAGCCACAUCAAGCCUGAAAUCCGAGUUCCUCACGCAGGUGAUUUCUCAGUUUGGUUCUAUUGCUUGCGUGAAGGUUAUACGGAAACUGAAAGACAGACUAUCAAUAGAUGGCUACAGCCCUACUUGCAGUUCUUAAACUUCAAGAAAAUCCAAGAUUGGGAUUCUGCUGACAUUAAAAAAUAUAGACUAUUCAAGGAGGAUGGCUCUUUUGAAUACAUUGAUGAUAUUCAUUGGGACUGGGGUGUGAAGGUGGCCACGACUGCUUACAAGGCACAAUUGCCUGCCUGA